GACGCUUCUAAUCCUCUUUUGAUGAACUUGGUUAAUAGACCUCCUGCAGUGGUCUUUGGCUCUGUUCAUUAGGCAGCACACGACCCUAUCCACGCCCCCGAGAGCACGCACUGCGCGAUCUCGCGGCUCCCAUCUCCAUAAAUUCCCCCAUCAAAGUGAAGAAAAGUUGAACGUGUGUUACUUUGUUGGAAGUUCUCAGUGAACUGACCGUGUUUGGUCUUUUGGUUCAACUUGGUACAAGACCAAAAAGGGAAAGAGAUGGCACCGAGUAAAAGCCUCUUUGCGCCUUUCAUAUCUGUGGAGCCGGAGGGAGGACUCGGCCCCGAGGGUCCCGAGGGUCCUGAGGCUUUCCACGCAGACAUCCAGGCUCUGCUGCAACGGAGCCGCGCGCAGGAGCGCCCGGGGCCCGAGCGCGCCAGACGCGUCUGCGACCACCGGGACACUCCGUGCGCCAUCGUGGAGGUCCGGCUGGGGCCCGGCGGCGGCGGCGCGCUGCACUACCUCCAGCCGGACAAGUGCGCUUCGGAGCGCGCGCAGAGACGGAGACGCCUCGCUGCCAACGCCCGGGAGAGGAGGAGGAUGCUCGGGCUCAACGUCGCCUUCGACCGGCUGCGGAGCGUCAUCCCCAACCUGGAGAGCGAGAAGAAGCUCUCCAAAUCGGAGACGCUCCAAAUGGCGCAGAUUUACAUCGCCACCCUCAGCGAGCUGCUCCAGGAGGAAGCCACGGUACCGAGCCGCGCACAACUGUCCCCGGGGACCCCUCCGCCCUCACAGGGGACCACACAUGUGGGGGGGGAGCGAGCGGCUCGAGGCAGAGACAUUCACACCGGGAAGGGCAGCGCAGGCCCGGCGCGCAUAGAGGAGUCAUAACUAGGACAUGUGGGAGAAAUCAAAUGGGACA